CCCUCGCCGCACCACACACAGCGCGCGGGCUUCUCGCGCUCGGCACCGGCGGGCCGGGCGCGUCCUGCCUUCAUUUAUCAAGCAGCUUUUCGGAAAAUGCAUUUGCCGUUCGGAGUUCCAUCAGAAGAGGAUUCCUGUCCCCGUUCCCGGCUCUUCACCGUCCCCCACCCGUGUCUCUGUUGCGUGGAGGCACGAAGCGGUCCCGUGGCUAGAGAUCCAUGUCUGUGCCCGCGCGUGUGUGCGCGCGUGUAAAUUGCCGAGAGGGGGGAAAUCACAGGAGUUCUGCAAAUGCCGGAUUGUAAUUCAUCUGCCGCCGCCGCUGCCUUUUGCUCUCCUGCUCUUGAGAUCUCUGGUUGGGAUUCCUACGGAUUGACAUUUCUGUGAAGCAGAAGUCUGGGAAUCAAUCUGGAAAUCCUCCUCGUUUUUCCCCUCCCCGCCCCCCCAACUCCUGAUUCAUUUGGAAGUUUCAAAGCAGCUAUCAACGGAGAGUUCUGAAGAUGGAUGGGAUCGUUGCCUUAUGCAUUUGUUUUGGUUUUGCAAAAGAAACUUGACAGAGGAUCGUGCUGUCCUUUAAAAAAUACAACAACACGGAGGAAGUAGACUGAUAUUAACAGUACUUAAUAAUGUGCCUCAUGAAAUAAAGAUCCGAAAGGAAUUUGAAUAAAAAUUUCCUGCAUUUCAUGCCAAGGGGGAAACACCAGAAUCAAGUGUUCCGCGUGACUGAAGACACCCCCUCAUCCAAGAAUGCAAAGCACAUCCAAUAAAAUAGCUGGAUUAUAAUUAUUCUUUUUUUUUCUUUCGGGGCCGUGGGGUGGGAAGCGGGGACGAGAGGUGCUGUUGGUACCCAGCUGCUUUUCCUCGGGGGAAGGAUGGCGCAAGCUGGGAGAACAGGGUAUGAUAACCGGGAGAUAGUGAUGAAAUACAUCCACUAUAAGCUGUCACAGAGGGGCUACGAGUGGGAUGCCGGAGACGUGGGCGCCGCGCCCCCGGAGGCCACCCCAGCGCCGGGCAUCUUCUCCUUCCAGCCCGGGAGCAACCCCCUGCCCGCUGCGCCCCGGGACCGGGCCGCCAGGACCACGUCGCUGCCGCCCCCGGUCGCCCCCGCCGCCCGCGCCGGGCCUGCGCUCAGCCCAGUACCACCUGUGGUCCACCUGACCCUCCGCCAGGCUGGCGAUGACUUCUCCCGGCGCUACCGCCGCGACUUCGCCGAGAUGUCCAGCCAGCUGCACCUGACGCCCUUCACCGCGAGGGGACGCUUUGCCACGGUGGUGGAGGAGCUCUUCAGGGAUGGGGUGAACUGGGGGAGGAUUGUGGCCUUCUUUGAGUUCGGUGGGGUCAUGUGUGUGGAGAGCGUCAACCGGGAGAUGUCGCCUCUGGUGGACAACAUCGCCUUGUGGAUGAUUGAGUACCUGAACCGGCACCUGCACACCUGGAUCCAGGAUAACGGAGGCUGGGAUGCCUUUGUGGAACUGUAUGGCCCCAGUGUGCGACCUCUGUUUGACUUCUCCUGGCUGUCUCUGAAGACUCUGCUCAGCCUGGCCCUGGUGGGAGUCUGUAUCACCCUGGGUGCCUACCUGGGCCACAAGUGAAGUCCCCAGGCCUUCUCCAAACAAAUAUGCAAAAGGUUCACUAAAGCAGUAGAAGUAAGAUGCACUGUAGUAACAUGAAUCAAAGUUGUGGUCUCUUUAAAAGAAAGCAAAACAACACACACACACACACACACACACACACACAGACAGCUUUCAGGCAAAAGAUGGAAUCAGCUAUUUACUGCCAAAGGGAAAUAUCAUUUAUUUUUUACAUUGUUAAGAAAAAAGAUUUAUUUAUUUAACAGUCCCUUUGAAAUCCAGUCUUUGGAAAUCCCACCACUAUGUGCGGCUCCACCUGCUGGCCUGUGCCUAGGAACUUAGAUGGCCCUGUUUUCCAUGUGGCCCACAACAAGAGUCCUGGCAAUGGGAAGCCUGUGCUCUGGCCCCUGGAGCUGGGGAGGGGAGGCGGUCCUUUGACUUGCGCUCAUUGGUCCUGAUGGCUGUGACCUGACAGAAGGAGGGUCAUCAGAGAGAAGUCCAUUUUCCCCUGGCCUGAAGAUGGGAUGCUUUGCAUUUGACUCACGUUGUAUACACCCAGUUAGAGGACAAGAGCUGGGAACUUCGAUGGAUGCUGUACCAGUUGAGACUUCCCUGCUGAAGAACAGUGAUGGGAAAAAUGCCCUUAACCCAUAGGAAAGUAUUUUUUUAAGCUACCAAUUGUGCCGAGAAGCAUUUUAGCAGUUUAUAAUACAAUAUCAUCCAGUACCUUAAGUCCUGAUGGUGUAUAUUCAUAUAUUUUGGAUAUGUUUCCCCACCCCAUACUUGCUCUGUCUGAGAAGAAAGCAGACUCAGUCCUCUGGAUUCGAGGAAGUGGAGGUUUCAGUGAUUUCUUCCACCAUCAGGAAGACCGGAGUCACCCAGAGCAUCAGGCGGCCACAAGUGCCUGCUUUCAGGAGAUGGACAUCUGUGUAGCCUACCCUGCAUCCCGCCUGGGAGCCUGGUCCUGGCACCAAGCCUGGGCGAUCACGGGCCUCCUCUGAGGGUUUUAAACAGAGCAGUGUGGCCUCCGACUGUCUGUAAGCUGACGGAGCUCAAAAUUCCACUGUCAAGAAAGAGCAAUAGUGGAACUCCACUGGGCCUGUUACCCUCAGGCCCCCCAGGUAGGCCGUUUUCACAUGGAGCAUGGAGCCUGGGAGCCACAACUCUUCUGAAGACAUUUAUCACUGUGUCUGUCCUAGCAGAGGGAUGUGGUGAAGGCCAAGGAGCUGCCCUCCAAACAAAGUGCAAAGAAAGACCAUGGCUGUGGCCUUUUGGUCACUGCACUAGUGCAUUGGUGGCCUUUGGCCUGUCUGUGGCUUAAAACUAGGCUUUAAAUGACUUCAGGAAGGGUCAUAAACCCUAAAGAAAGCAUUGAAGUGAGGUGUCCUGGAUUCAUUGACUUACAGCUAUGGAAUUACAUGACUUAUGCCUUGUCAUUGUAGUUUGGUUUUAUUUGAAAACCUGAUAGAGGAAGAAAACAAAUAGUUCCAGGUGUGGAAUGUGUGGAUUAUUAGUACAUCCUGGGGCAUUAUAAAAAAAACAAAAAUCAAUGGUGGAACGUUGUAGAGAAGUAGCAAAAGAAGUGAAAUCUCCAGCUAAUAAGCUAGAAAAAAAUUUUUCAAGUUUAGAAUCAGCCUGGAGACAUUUGUGGAAUAACUUUGUGGCAUUAUCGCAUUCUUAUACCAUUUAUCUGUAUUAACUUUGGAAUGUACUAUGGUCAACGUUUAAUGCUGUGGUUGAUAUUUCAAAAGCUGCUUUUUUAAAAAAGAAUACAUGCAUCUCAGCAUUUUUUUAAAAUUGUAUUUCGUUAUAGCCUCUCCACUAUUUGUUAGCAAAAAAGUGAUAAUUUUUCCAUUUGAAAAUGCUGCCUCUUGAUUCUUCAUAAGCAUUUCUGAAAAGGUGGCAUCAGCCCUGAGUCUCAGCUACCUGUGCAACCCUGAAUUUCCCUGUCCACUGGGGAGCUGCGUUUUUACCAAGCUCUGUGCGUGCGUGUCUAUGCCCACAGGACUGUUCAUUGUGACACAUACACCUGUCAUUCCUUUGACCUUGUUUCUUGAAGGUUUACUUCUCCCUGGGCAGUUCAGCAUUUAACUCAAGUUUCUAGGAUGACAUGCAUGUUUGGUUAAACCCAUGAGGUUCAUUCAGCCGGAAACCCAAAUGGGAAACGACCAAAAGAUGAAAAUCUGGCAAUGACAGUGAGACCUCCAGGUUGUUGCUUUGCAUAGCUUGUUUCAACAAGGAUGCAUCGAGAGCCCUGCUCCCCCUCCCCAACCCCCGCAGGGCUCUGCUCUGUGGCUGUCCUUUCCACCCUUUCUGAAAUGCAGUGGCACGAACACUUCACGGAGAAAGCAGGAAGCCUGCAGUGUUGGACCCAGACCUCCCUGCAGGCCUCAGGGAACAAGGUGAUCAGACCUUUGAAUGAUUCUAAUUUUUAAGCAAUUAUUUUAUGAAAGGUUUACAUUCUCAAAGUGACGAAUAUGGAAUAUCAAACCCUGUGCUGCUAUCCUGCCAAGAUCAUUUUCAUGGAGUCGGUUUGCAGUGCUCACCAAGAGGCCGAGAUCCUCCAAGCUGCUUUACAAGUAACAAUGAAGAAGAACACAGACAUUUUUAAUAUAAAACCCAUUUGUCUUUCGUUGUUGUUGUUGUUAUUGUUCAAACUGGGAUCUGCAGAGUAUUUGAAAAUGUAUAUAUAUUAAAAAGGAAAAAAAAAGGUCAUGGGGGCCUGAACUUCUGGCUGGUUUCUUUUCUGUGGGGUUUUGUUAUCUGAUUUUUAACGGUAAGCACGCCCAGCCACCCAACCCCAGAACUGAACAGUGCUGUGGCUGUACUUGCUCUAAGAGGAGCUGAUACAGGAUUUUUUUCUUGUCGUUAAAAACAUGUCAGAAGCAAUGAAUGUAUAUAAAAGCUUCAGCUAGUCAAUUUGUGUUUCUCCUGUCUCAAUUAUUUUGCAAAUGGUAAACAGAGAACUAUAAGAUUUUUUCAUGUGCAGAAGGGAUUCAUACCUGCACCUAACUCCCCUUUGUGCUUUGGCGUUUCCUCUACAUUGGCUAGGGUCAGAAGAAAAACCACACUCACUCUUCAAAGUGGGGUCCAGGGCCCAGAAUUUCCCUGUGUGCCCGAGUCUCCCUGCCCAGGCACUCUGAAAGAGCUGGAAACAAAAACUGACCUGUUCUGCAUGGAGUUCACCCAGAGGUUUAGGUGAAAGUGACUGUAGGCCUGAGAUUCGGAUUAAAGUCACAUUUUAGUAUUAAGGAAAGCACCUUCAUAUAAUUCAAGCAGAAAACUCAACAUCCUCAACAUCCUCUGUCACUUAUGCCUGCGUGUUCAGGUGUGGCCUUCCUUCAACUGUGACUCUUAUUUCACUGGUAAAUGCUUAUUCUUGCAUCUGAAGACCUAGCUCUGGCCCAGGGGUGAAGUUAGGAAGUGUUUAGAAAUCCACAGGAAUUAUAAUAAUUAGGAUUAAAUGUAAAUAAUUAGGGAAAUCCCAACACAUCUUUUGCAUCAAGGACAUAUUGAAUGGACAAAAUUGCAAAAGGUUUAUAUUUGCAAUUAAAUUUAUAGUAAAACAAUUCACUAAAAUGUGAUUCAAAUCUAAUCCCGAUUGUAUUUUGGCUGCUUUUAUACUUUAUCACUUAUAGUUAGAAAUGUCCUCCUCUAUCAGAAAAAAACAGGAAGGGCUUGAAAUAUAAGCCAGUCUAAGGAACUUAGGUAGUCAAUGGAAGUUCUAUUCUGAUCUUAUGCUGUAGUAUCUUUGCAGCCCAAACAUGGCCACACACUUUUAAAGAAAUACCCAUUAGACAUCGUCAGGCUUAUGAAGGUUCCAAUCAGUUCUGUAUUGUUAUUCAAUUUGGAUCUUUCAGAGAGUUUAAAACAGUGUCAUUAUAUGGGACAAAGGACAUUUGAUGUAAGGGUGGGAAAAGGGAGAAUUUUUAAAUGAGUGAAAUAGACCAGGGAGUGGAGGUUUUCAGAAAAGCCAGAACUUUGGAUUAUGAGGAACUUUUAUUGAGUCAGUGUGAUGUCCCGUUGAAGGCUAUUACGCAACCUGUGAGAACCAUUUUUAAGUUUUGUGGUACAUCUAGAUUCCAGGAACGCUGGCACCAUUCAGAGUCUAGCUUAGUAUGGGCAUUCAGUGGUACGUUUCAAGCUGGAUAUGUCUAAUGGGUAAACAAUAAAUUUGUCAUCUUAACCAAAAGGCUAUUUAAUGACAACCUUCUGCUUAGUAGAGACAUCUGUCUCAAAAUGUUUAUUAUACACAAUACAAGAAAAUUUUAAAUAAAAUUAAAUUAAAUUAAACAAUGUGAAGCUGAAUUGAAUAGAUGAUUAUACAAGUCCUUUAGCCUCACUCAGCAAAUCAUUCUGUUACAUGUCUUUGGACAACCAUGAAAUACACAUCUCAUUGGGCACAAAGAAAACCAGAUGGAGUAUGAAUGGUACCAUACCAAGUCAUCACAACUACCCUAGAAAAAUAACUCAAAGCCAAUGUUCUAUGGUUGUUCUGUGUAACAAGCUCAGCACAGAAGACAAAAACACUUGUGGAAGAUGAGGUUAGCUUAUCAGAAGUCCUAACACCAUUAACUAAUACAUCAGCGUAGCUGUGUCAUCAUGCACCUUUCCAGUUUGGAAAUCUGCAGUGCAUUCUUCAUCUGGCUCCUUUCAUUAACUUUUCCCUCCAGGGUAGCAUUUGAAGAAUGAAUGGCUGAUUAAAUUUCUUUUAGGGAAGUUUUCUUUUGGUGGUUGUGUUUAUUGUAAUAUCUUCUUAAGUUUUCAACCAAAUUUUGCUUUUGUUUGGAGUUACUGGAGUUUUUGUGUGUGUGUGUAUGUGUGUGUGUGUGUGUUUUAAAUAAAAUCAGUGUAUAAUAAGUGUUUUUGUAUUGAAAGCUUUUGUUAUCAAGAUUUUCAUAAUUUUACCUUCCAUGGGCUGCUUUUAAGAUUGAUACUUUUAGGGGUGGCUGAUAUCUGCAACACUGUACAUUAAAAAAUAUAUAUGCUAAGUGUACUUUACAUAGUUAAGGUAAAGUAAGUCUCCAGUUGGCUACCAUUACAUAUAAUGGCACUUUGUUUGUGUUGUUGGAAAAUGUCAUAUUGCCAUUAAACUUUCCUUGUCUGUCCAGUUAAUUUUGUGAAGAAAAAUAAAGAACAGUGUGAGAUACUGGUUGUGCCCUGGAAUUGUUUAUAAUUGUGUUCACGUGGAUUUUACCUGGCAUUCAUCGUCAUUUAAACAAGACUUCGGA